AUAUGUAUAUGUUUUACAAAACCGGCUUUGAGGACCUUUCUCCCGGCCCCACAAAAAACUGCGUGCGGCUCGAGGACGCGUUUCAGGAACUGGAAAUGGUGAACAAAAGAGUAGGCGCCUCCUGUCAUUGACCUUAAAAUUAAGUGAGGAAGACAGAAACCAAACAAGCAAAUAACAGUUAAGUUUGAAAAUCAGUUUGAAAUGUGGUGGUUUCAGCAAGGCCUCAGUUUCCUUCCUUCAGCCCUUGUCAUUUGGACAGCUGCUGCUUUCAUAUUUUCAUAUAUCACUGCCAUCGUCCUUCACCACGUUGACCCUGCUUUGCCUUACAUCAGUGACACUGGUACAGUAGCUCCAGAAAAAUGCUUGUUUGGGGCAAUGUUAAAUGUUGCAGCAAUUUUAUGCAUUGCUACCAUUUAUGUUCGUUAUAAGCAAGUACAAGCUCUGAAUCCUGAAGAGAAUCGUGUCAUCAAAUUAAACAAAGCUGGACUUAUAAUUGGAUUAUUCAGUUGUUUAGGACUCUCCAUUGUGGCAAACUUUCAGAAAACAACCAUUUUUGUUGUGCACGUAUGUGGAGCCGCACUCACCUUUGGUAUGGGUUCAUUAUAUAUGUUUGUUCAGACCAUCAUCUCCUAUCAAAUGCAGCCCAAAAUUCAUGGCAAACAAGUCUUCUGGAUAAGAUUACUGGUAGUGAUCUGGUGUGGAGUAAGUGCCUUUAGCAUGCUGACUUGUUCAUCACUUUUGUACAGUGGCAAUUUUGGCAAUGAUAUAGUUCAGAAACUCCAUUGGAACCCUGAGGACAAGGGCUACGUGCUUCAUAUGAUCACGACAGCAGCUGAAUGGUCUAUGUCAUUUUCCUUCUUUGGUUUUUUCCUGACUUAUAUCCGUGAUUUUCAGAAAAUCUCCUUAAGGGUGGAAGCCAAUUUACAAGGAUUAACCCUCUAUGACACUGCCCCUUGUCCUGUUAAUAAUGAACGAACACUACUGCUUUCCAGAGAUUUAUGAUGAAAGGAUAAAAUAUUUCUCUGAUGAUUAUGAUUCUCAGGGAUUGGGAAAUGAUCAUGAAAGUUACUUAUUUUGCUCUGAAAUUUUCAACCACCCAACCAAUCAAGACUGACAUUGACUAUGAUGAGUGCUUGUAAUUGAAAGAUGUGAAGUGAACCACUAAAGAACUUGUUUAAGGGUGUCAUCAAGAAGACCACAUCAAAACAUUAAUGCCUUUACGUUUUUUUUUAACCCCAGGAAAUAAUACCAAAGGACUACAACAAAGGAGUUUUUUCCCACUUCCAGAAAUGGACAGAGCAAUCUGAAAUACUCAGCCUUUCACAUUUUAUAAAUCAUUGUAAAGCAUUUUUGUUUGGAGCACUUUAAUGAGAGACAUUUUCAAGGACCCUAAAUAAUCAGCCAGCUUUGCUCAGUAGUUUCUAUAGAAUGGAUUUAGAAGUAAUAGUUGAUGUAAUAGUUUUUAACCAUAUAAUACAUUUCUUAUGUUUUUUUUUCCUGAAGUCUACUUACAGAGGUUAACAGACCUGAAUUCACAGAAGCGCUUUCAGUUGCUUAAGCUUUGCACAGAAGAGUCUGAGAGUAUUGGUUCAGCUUUUACCGUGAGGUCAGAGUCUAUGCUAACUGGUCUGUCCACACAUGCUUCUAGUAGUUUAAUGAAGCUUAGUCUCUGGUAUUAGAAUUUAAUAACUAAUGAAUGAGAGAGGUAGCUAUAGGUAAAUUUAUUUGUUAUAUUUUAUAUAGAAUAUGGGUCAAUAUUUAUGUUACACGGCUGAUAAUUUUAUGAAUAACAGCAGAUAUGAUUUAUAUAAAAUAAAAAUUACCCCAAACGAGA